AUUAGCACCGCAGUGAGUUUAAAUGUGUUCUUCUGCUAGUCAAAAGAUCUCGAGUAGGGUGCUUUCUUGGAUCUGUCACCUGUGGCAUCAUUAGUAAGCGAUACAGCUGAUUUCACGUCAUGGCAAAUCUACCUAAGAUUCUCAAGGAUUGGCUGUAUUUCUCACGAUAUUACGAUAAGUUCGUGGUUGAUGUCGUCGCCGCUGAUGCUAUAUAUCGAGGAUAUGUGACGGAUGUUGUGGAGGAUGGCCUUGUGAUCGAUUUUCAUCACACUGGACAAUCGGUUCAGGGUGUCGAUUUUUCGGAUAUCCGCGUGCUACCGAUCAAGAAGCAUGCCGGGGAACGCUACUGCCACUGGAUACCGCGGGAAAACGUGGAGGUGGAAGUUCUAAUCAGGACAGCAAUGUAGAAAUCAGCCUCUAACCUGGACCAACGCCAGAUUUCUCUUAUUUGUACCGGAGUACGAUGGUAAAUGUCGGGAUCCGUGCGAUGAGGUGUGUGCACUAGCACGCAUCCCGUCGGGCAUCCCCGCCCAGCUGGUGGCGGUGAAGAUCGAUUACAAUUUAGACUACGCUUGUCAAAUACGGAUGCGCCAACAGCGUCUCUGGACGUCCGUGACCAAGGACACAUUCUUCAAGUUGAACGUGCGGCACGCAGCGUGUUGUAAGCCGACCUGCCCAUUCCCGGUGACACCGGUAGCGUAUGCCCUCCAUCAGCUGGAUGUCGGACUGAAGAUCUUCUGGUUGCGCAAUACCGGCACCUUGCUGCUAGCGGCCAACACGGACAGUAUCACGGUGCUGUGUCGCCAGAAAAUCCGUAGUGCACCGCGGAAAUUCCAUCGUCUGGUCUUUCAUACGUUCGAAUGGUUUGUGGACACCUGUUUCAGGAGAGAUGUGGCACGCUACAGAAGGGUCCUGUUCGCUCAAACAGACCCUACUGAAUCGUGGUUCAUGAAAACCUGGCGCAGAAUGGACUUUUUCCCUCGAUGGCUAGAACAUCAGAAAAAGUUUGAUAGAAUAUUUCAAAAACCCGACCAAGAUGAUGCCAGAUUUAUGGAUUGCCCGGAUGACGUCGUUUUCCAGAUUAUGGCAAACCUAGAUCUUGUUACCCAGAGAACACUGCGACGGACAUGUUCAAGAUGGAACGACGUUCUUGCCUCACCAUCAUUACCAUGCCACGCGGUCGCCGGUGCUCCGCUAGUUUACAUUGAUAACAAUCAGCAAGCGCUAUAUUUAGCGAAUACGCUCUUCCACUACACUACACACACGACGCGCGCUGUAUUGCUCCACCAGUUCGCGCACAGUCACAGCGGUACGAUCCUCCCGGUUCUCCGCCUUCUGGACCGCUCUCCCGAUUACUGCCUAUCCUACCGGCGUGGGAGUGUUUGCCUGUGGUACGAACUUGAAUAUUAUCCCGAUGUCAGCAAUAUGCAGCUGUGCUGCCCCAUGAUUAUGAAAGAUGGUACCCGUAAAAUAUUAGUUACCAUACUGAUGCAAAACCCUUGCAACGGUUUGCAGAAAUUCUGCUGGGCACGAAGGAAGAAUGCCGAAAGCUGAUGGCACUGCACAACCGAACUUGAACACACUGCUGCUCGACCAAGACGAUGGCCGCGACGAUCGAAGGAAUUCCGCUGAUGCUGGAUGUCUUCAACCAGAUGUGCUACCUUCAUGCCCAAGUAGCAUCAGGUGGAUACGACAUCAGGCAGCUACAAGCCGAUACGGCCGAGAAAGAACAGAAACUGCAGGAAGCGAGAAGCAUGUGGCCCAUCAGCGAUGCCGCCAGGGCAGUGCUGGCGAAAGCCUUCGACGGCUUCGCCUAUACACAGUUUAAUUGUUCGUCGCACAUCCUUCAAGGAUGUCCCCCGACCAGGGGUGAGCAUCAUUUCCGGUCUUGUUCGAUGUUCAGUCCAGCGUGCCUAAAAGUGUUCAUUCGCAACCCAUGCACCGCACAGAUCCUCAACGGCGACGCCGUUUCGUGGGAAAGCUAUGUACGGGUUCGUUAAAAGAAUGAUUACGGGAAGAACUUGUGGCAAUGCGCCAGCAGUUCGUCGUGAUUGCGAACGGCUAGCACUCCUCAUUAUCAGCCUCGCUUUAAGCCUAGUGUCUAAACGCGGUACUUCCGCUGAAACUAUUGUCCGAAGUCCAGUUCUAGGACCUCGGCAGCUCCUUCAACAGCUUCCGCGACGCCGAGUCUGCCCACUGUCUCAGUCAUUGGCGGAAUCCCCGGGGCCAUGGCAGCAUGUCGUUCUCAACAUGGGGACGUACACUAUCCGCCGCGACGCCCGCGUGCCCGGUGGUGGUCUACGCAGCGCAGCGCCACCUAGUCCGCACCCUACUGAUCACGGGCCACGACCUCUACGGGGUGUUCGACAAUUUCAUCCGCAUUCUACAAGCGACCCGCUCCCGGAUUUCCUUUGGUCGUGCUCCGCAACGUCCAACUGGCGCACUGGGAAUUAUUCGGAAGUAGAGGCCAGCCAACGCCGCCGCUCAAGGUACAAGAGCGGCCGUACGUCACAGUGAUGGCCCUCUGGCGGGGGAUCUGCCAGCGACUGCUGAUGGUGGGUGUCACUGAGAAAUACCGAGGCGGCCCGGAGGGACCACGCGAUUGGGGGAGUGCCGAGUACCGCGUCGAUCCAGGACGAAACUUCUCAGGGUAUCCGUUUGUAUUCCAGAUCGACCGCGCUGAUAUCGGCACGAAUGAUGGCCUCGCAUUCCCAUCCGUAUAGUAUUCAACAUUAUAGUACACCCUCUGUAUUAGAAUAAUGAUGCAGCCACCGUUUUUUGCUCGUCUUCCGUUUAUUGGCAAAUUUACUGGUUGGCAACCGUCUUACCAUUACAUUUUCUAGAGGAAUAUACCGUUACAUAGGUAGUGGAAUGAUCGAAGUAUUUUGUGGUUACCUUUCUCUUAAUCUUCUGCAGAGGUACAAUACAGAUGUACGAGUACAUUGUUUCACUGACUCCCACAUUAAAUAGGUACUAUAGCGGAUGGAUGUUGUCUAAGCGGUUCACCAUGUGUGACUUGUUCUGACCAGUUUGUCAUGAGCGCAGCAUGACUAGACACAUUAUCGGAGCUGCCCCUUCUUUUUC